AGGCAGGGAGAAAUUAUAAUGACAAGACAGAGAGUGGAUCACACAGGACCAAACAGCACCUUGUUUUUAAUGGGGAAAAGAAUGGUGAAAAUAGUACUGGGAUCAGAAGGAAAACGUUGUACAGUUAUUUGCAAUCCAUCAUUAACCAAGAGAAGUAGAAACGGGUCUUUUAUUUUGGUCUGGUGAUGUGACGUCAUAAUUCUGCGCCACCCUCCUGCUUUUGUUGUGAUUGGGCUGAAGAAAGGACAGAGUAAAUAAAAACUCCUGCUGAAGUAACUGAGAUCCACACGACACAGUUAUAAAGAUGGAGUUUAUUAAAGAGGAGAGUGAAGACAUAAAGAUUGAAGAAACAUUCAGAGUCAAACAUGAAGAAGAUACUGAGGAACAAACACUGAUGGAGUUUAUUAAAGAAGAGAAUGAAGACAUUAAGAUUGAAGAAACAUUCAGAGUCAAACAUGAAGAUACUGAUGAACAAACACUGAUGGAGUUUAUUAAAGAAGAGAAUGAAGACAUUAAGAUUGGAGAAGUAUUCAGUCUGAAGCAUGAAGAUACUGAGGAACAAACAGACCUGAUGACACUGAAAGUGGAGACUGAAGAACUCUGUGAAAAGGAAAAUAAUAUUGAGCAUGAGAAAUAUAAUUUCAUGAAUGGAGAAAAAUCAUUAAGUUGUUCACAUACUGAAAAGACACAAAAUAGAGCUCAAAACACAGCGAAUAGAAGUGAUUUCUCCUGCCAACAAUGUGGGAAAAGUUUCGCCAGAAAACAAAAUCUUGAAGUCCACCUGAAAGUUCACACUGGAGAAAAACCUUUCACCUGCCAACAAUGUGGAAAGAGUUUCAUUAAUAAAACAAACCUUAAAAGCCACAUGAGAAUUCAUACUGGAGAGAAACCUAAUACAUGUUCUCAAUGUGGAAAAAGUUUUACAUAUAAACAUCACCUCACUGACCACAUGAGAAUUCAUACUGGAGAGAAACCUUUCACCUGCCAACAAUGUGGAAAGAGUUUCAUUAAUAAACCAAACCUUAAAAGACACAUGAUAAUUCAUACUGGAGAGAAACCUAAUACAUGUUCUCAAUGUGGAAAAAGUUUUACAUAUAAACAACACCUCACUGACCACAUGAAAAUUCAUACUGGAGAGAAACCUUUCACCUGCCAACAGUGUGGAAAAAGUUUCAAUAGAAAAGGAACCCUUAACAAUCACAUGAGAGUUCACACUGGAGAGAAACCUUUCACCUGCAAACUGUGUGGAAAGAGCUUCAUUCGAAAACCAAUCCUUAAAAACCACAUGAUAAGUCACAGUGGAGAGAAACCUUACACAUGUUCCCAAAAUUGACUUCUCUCACUUACCUCUCUACCUACCUCUUUGUUAACACAAACCUCCUAGACUCCUGUGUGUUCCCCUUCUAAGUCCUCCUCUUCUACGUCUCUCCCGAGGUGUGUGCAACUAUUCCUCCAUAGUGGUCACCCCACUGUCUUCACAGAGAAAACCAAUCUCAAUUCCAGUCAUCGAUACCAUACUCAACGCCUUCUACACUCUGAGGGAGCUCCGUCAUGGCCUCCCAAGUCUCCAUAUUUGCCAUGGCCUACCGAGUCUCCAGUUCUGCCAGUUCAUUUUUGUGAGAUGACAGGAAGCACAUCUUGU